AUGGUAUCAGAGCACAGUUACAUUCUUGUCCCAGAACCUGGCCAGCCCACUUCGCAGAUUGCCAUUGGUAACAUUUUCAGGGAUCGUAGAAAGGUCGAUCAGCAGCCGUUCGCCGGACCAGGGCCGAACGGCGUCCUCAUGCAGCUCCACGCAACCGAGCGUGAUGUCGAACUCAUCUUCAACAUAAGUAAGCGCCUGACUGCCAGCCUCAAAGCAAAGCUGUGUUCUUUUCUUGGUAUCGGCGCGGGCUUUGACUCUUCGCAAGAAGGGGAUGUUGCCUUGAAGAUUGGAAAGGUCGAGACAUACCGGAUCGCCAUGGAGGGCGAUAUCCUCCAUCAGUAUGUUAACAAGCGGCUCGAGUCGCUCGGCCAGGAUGCAGAGUCGUUAAGAAAACUCAGGCUCGAUCCCACCAAGCCAGGACGACUAUUCAUGAUCACGGGCAUCAAGGUCGCCACAGACAUGGAGAGAUAUGUCGCAGAGAAGCGCCACCGCGGAGCAAACGCUGAUGCCGGAUUUCCUCUAGAUCCGCACCAAGCGGCAGGUCUACAAGCCUCUGGGGUCAUGGACAGGAGCAGAAAUUGGUCGGCUUCGGGGAAAAUGGAUGGACCUGUUGUGAUUGCAUAUCAAUUGUAUUAUUUGCCAUGGAAAAAUGACAAGGCUCAAGUCGAGAAGAAUUUGAAAUAUGGAAUGUUGGGUGAUGAGAAGGACAAUGGCGAAGAUGAGUAUGAGGAUGACGAAGAAGCUGAUGAUGAGAAGGACGAGGGUGAGAACGAGGACCUAGAAGACGAGUGGGGUUGGCUCAUGCAGCUUGGAAGCUGA